UGUAAUUUGGUCAUGGAUAGGUGGAGAGGUCGUGUUGCUCUUGUUACUGGAGCCUCUGUUGGAAUAGGAGCGUCUGUAGUAGAGAAAUUGGUGGAACACGGCAUGACGGUUGUAGGCUGUGCAAGAAACGUAGCCAAGAUUGAGGCUAAUGCAGAGAAGCUGAAGAAGUGUGCUGGAAAACUUGUUCCAGUGAAGUGUGAUCUAAGGAGAGAGGAAGAAAUUCUAGCAAUGUUUGAGUUGAUCAAGAAGGAGUAUGGAGGUGUAGAUGUUUGUAUUAACAAUGCAGGAUGUGCUGUUAGUCCAGACAGUAUUUUGAGUGGCUCAACUGACAGUUGGAGGACUCAGCUUGAAGUAAAUGUUUUGGCUUUGUGCAUAUGUUCUCGUGAGUCAGUGAAGCAAAUGAGAGAAAAGAAUGCAGAUGAUGGACAAAUUGUCAAUUUGUCUAGCAUGUCAGGGCAUCGCAUACCUCCAUUUAAGGGAGGUACAACUCAUUUCUACUCAAGUACCAAGUUUGCCGUGAAUGCAAUUACUGAGGCCACAAGACGAGAGCUGCGCGAGUUGAAGACACAUAUAAGAGUUGCUAUGAUAUGUCCUGGACUUGUGAGAACAGAAUUUCAAGGCAGAUUGCUGGGAGAUAUGGCUAAGGGUGAGGAGCUUUAUGCUUCCCAAGAACAGAUACUUGAAGCUGAUGACAUUGCUUCACUUGUCGUAACAAUUCUGCAGACUCCUCCUCAUGUGCAGAUUCAUGACAUACUUGUACGGCCAACAGCACAAGUAUAUUAAACAUUUUGGAUGGCAAUUUGGCACAUCGUCUUUAAAAUUGGUGCAUGCUGUAGCUAAUUUAUACAUUAUCUUUUGUGACUUGAUGGAGAACAGUAAUUCAGUUUUCUAUUUUCUAUGUAUGUCACAAAAUAGAUUAUGUGUGGUGGCUACUAAACAUAUGCAGGUGGUAUGAAUGAAUGUUUAUGUAUGCACUUGAUAGUAAUCAAUUUAUGAUUGUAAAGUGCACUGCUAGUAAUAAUCGGUUCAGUGCUUUCCUGGUGGCCAUUGAUAUCCACUAGGCAUGCUGUCCUGAUGUUUGCGGUCACCGUAAUGCCUGCAAUCUAUAUCGAAUUGACUAGUCAUUGAUUGCCGUGUGGACUACACAGAAACAUGUACCCUGCUGGGCUCACCUGCUGGGUUGAUGGGCUCCCAGAUGGGGAUAAAGACCCCACUUGCCCAUCAUGGAGGGGCAUAGACACAUUGGUACUGACUGUAGCUAGAUGACUUAUUUAAUUUUGGUUGUUCGUGUGUAAUUUAUUUUGAUGGUGAGUAUAUUUUUGACUUGUUGCUGUAAAUCUUGGUGACUUAUCUAUUUAUUUAUGUAUUGCAGCCAAAUGAAAUGUAAGACUGCAGUUGCAGUUGACACGAGACAUCUUAGUUUGUGUCAAUGAGCUAAACUAUUUUUCUGAUUCCAAGGCACAAGAAAUUUUGAUCAUGAAACACAAUUUAAUCAAUAUGUCUGCUUAACACUUAUAUUGUUUAAACUCAGUUGGAAGUUCCUUGUGUUAUGCGAUAGUACUUUGUGUUCAAUACAAAAUAUAAAGAAA